CUUACGAAUCGGAUGACGCUAUAUGUACCCCGCAUUCUGUUGUAUGACGAAAUAACAGCUUUUUAUCCCCUCGCUUUCUCUUCAUUGAUGUAAAGUGUACUUGCAUAUUAUCAAAGAAAACGUUAAAGACUGCAUAGACAAGAUCGACGAAAUGCCACCUCCAUUUCCCGCUGCAGGAUACUCGGAGGAUAUCAUCCGACGAGUCCGGGUGGUCUUCAAUGGAAAGUAUGUUGCUGAUGCGAAAAAACCGAAGCUCGUAUGGGAACGCCCUUACUAUCCGAUCUAUUACUUCUCUCAGUCGGACGUUGUCAAGGACAAAUAUCUCGCCAAUGAAACGAAAACUGAUCAGCCAGGCGUCCUACUCUACGAUUUAGUUGUUGGGGACCGAACAUCGCCAUCUGCCGUAACGGUUUUUACGUCUGGAGACUUCGAAGGCUAUGCCAAAAUUGGAAUCGACAAGGCCGACGCAUGGUUUGAAGAAGACGAACGUGUAUACUCACACCCAAAGGACCCAUACAAACGAAUACAAAUCUUGCAGUCUUCGAAGCACGUUCGUGUUGAGAUCGAUGGUGUCGAGGUAGCAAAUACCACCCACCCGAAGCUUUUGUACGAAACAGGUCUACCCAUAAGGAAGUAUAUCCCGCAUACAGAUGUUAGAUUGGACCUGUUGAAGCCGGAUGAAAAGCUGAAGACUAGCUGCCCCUAUAAGGGUGACGCGGAUUACUAUGUGGUAGAAUUGCCCAAUGGGCAGGAGAAAACUGGUCUUGCGUGGUGGUACAAGAAUCCGACGGCCGAAAGUGUCGAAAUUAAAGGGUACAUAGCGUUUUAUGAUGAAAAGGUCGAUAUUUGGGUGGAUGGUGUCAAGGAAGAAAAACCAGUUUCACCAUUUACCUAACAACUUUCCUACCAGCAUCUCGCAGACACUAAAAUGAGUGAUAUUCGACAAGGGAAUGACUUGUAUCACUGUAAACUUUUGUAUUUGAUGUGAAAAAUGAAUUUGAGGAAUUGAAAUAUGUAGUGUUGCGAUAUAAGACGGAAAGGCCCGCUUUUUAGGAAUUUAUUAAAUGAAAUAAUCUAUCAAAUGGAGAAUUGAAAGUACG